AUGGCGCUCAAAUUCGCUCGUGAGUACGAGGUGGUGGUGCGCUUGUCAGCCAAGCUACGGCCACCAGCCGCCUAUGGUCACCAGCAGCCCGCCUACGGCCACCAGCAGCCGGCCUAUGGUCACCAGCAGCCUGCCUAUGGUCACCAGCAGCCCGCCUAUGGUCACCAGCAGCCCGCCUACGGCCACCAGCCCGCCUACGGCCACCAGCAGCCGGCCUACGGCCACCAGCAGCCAGCCUAUGGUCACUCGGCUCACGAGCCGGCCGACCCGGCCUGCUCCAAGAACACGACCAAGGAUUGGUGUCUGGAGGACUCGGAGUACCCGGCCUACCACAUCGCCCAGGCCAUCGGCUACCACCACUACACCUUCCUCAACCUGUACCAGGACGUGGUGGCCAACACCAGCAACUCGGUCGACAGGCUGGAGGCUCUGGAGGAAGAGACCUACCUGUGCGGAUCUGAGACCGCCUACGUCCAGCCGCUGAGGGCCAAGAACACCGACGGAAAGUGGAGGGUCAUCGUCAACAACGUGCAGGUGCGGAACACAUACGCAGCCGUUUUGGGAUACCCGACCUUGUGA